GUUAAAGAUAAACCGGUUAGGGAAAAGCAACGAAGAAAGUUCGCUCAAGAAGAAAGGAAAAAGGAUCCAAAAAAAAACCAAAAGCCGCAUUUUCUUUUUUUCUUCUUCAUAUUAAAGAAGAAUGAGUAGAGCAACGGUUGGGUUACUGAGCUCGGCAACAGCCGCAGCAACCACCGCCACGUCAUCCUUCAGUCGUAGCACUUUCGGUUUCGGCGUCACAAACUCACCGCCAACUCCUUCUACGUCGUCAACGUCUUCUUCUUCUUGUUCUUCUUUCUCCUCCUUAACGGUGUCGUUUUUGCCUCGCAAUUCUUUAUUGUCGACCACCACCACCAGAAGAACGCCUCGUAUUCGCUGCGAGGUGGCUAUCAAGUCCGACUCCAACACCUCCUCCGAUUUGUCGACGCCGUCGCCGCCGUCCUCCACCACCGAAGACGCUGGCGAUGGAGGAGCCAAGAUCGGAGCUAAGGUUAGAGUGAAGGUCCCGCUGAAGGUCCACCAUGUUCCGAGAGUUCCGGAGGUAGAUCUCUCAGGGAAAGAAGGUGUGCUGAAGCAUUACGUUGGGGUUUGGAAAGGCAAGCGAAUCUCCGCCAAUUUGCCUUACAAAGUGGAGUUUUUCAUCGAAGUUGAAGGUCGUGGACCGGUCAAGUUCUUUGCCCAUCUCAAGGAAGAUGAAUUCGAGUAUAUUUAGUAUAUAAUAAAAUUUCAACCGCAACUAAUUUCACCAGGCAAAUCCUCUUAUCUCUAUAAUCUCUAUGUCUCUAUCUCUAUAUCCCCUCCAAAAUUUGAAAAAAAAAAAAAAAAUGAAAUAAAAUUUUCACAGCCUUGAGGAGUGAUGUUGUAUGUAAUGUAAAUUUUACAACUUUGGAUUUUUGGAAUUUGCUCUAGUGUUUAUUACUAGAAAUGGGGUUGUGAGUCUGAU